GAGGCUGGCAGUCUGAAAUGAGCGGGCGCGGGGAGCGGAUGUGCACUCUCUCUCUCCAACACUCACACACACAUUCACACACACACGCACACACGCACACGCACACACACACACACAAUGCCAAAUACGUACACACUAGAAACACAGUCAUAGAGCCGUGUACGUAUUUGAUCUAUGUGCGUGUGUGAGGGCGCGCGGACACGUACAUAGGGUGAUGUGGUGGUGUGGUAGAGGUGGUGGUGGUGGUGGUGGUGGUGGUGGUGUUGUUUAAAUGCAUCACAAACACACAGUGAAGGAGAAACACAACCCAAAUAUUACAACUCCUGAUAAAUCUACGAAAAAUCUCCAGAAAUUUGAGGGAAAGUCAUAAAAUCUGGAGGGAAGUGAAAAAAUCUGGAGGUCGUGGCCAAAAAUCUCCUGAAAAAGUCGAAAAAAACUCCGGAAAAUUUUGACUCCAGUGUUUUGGGAGGGAAAAAUCUGAGGUUAUUUAUAUUAUUAAUUUCCCUCCACCUUCCCUCCACUUCCCUCCACUACAAGGAUGAGAGUGAAGUGUGGAGGGGUUGUGCUACUAACAUGGCUGACUGCCGUGACGGGGAGCCAGCUGGCGCUCUUGGCAGGAACUCUUAAGACGUUUCAACAACACGCGUGCGAUGGAACAAACUUAUUGCUCCAGUGCCCAAACAGAACCACGAUCGACAUCACCUUUGCUCGCUACGGACGCCCACGCACCACACACACCACUACGGGCGUUGGCGUGGGCGUGGAGGGGUUGCAGAGGGAUAUAUGCCCUCCUCUGGCUCACCAUUCGCCUCUCAGCUUGAAAGGCGUGUGUGAUUACUCGCAAACUGUAAAUUACAACACGCUGCAGUUGGUGGUGAAGAGAUGUCAGCAUCAAGAGGACUGCAUGAUCGAGGUGUCUCCAGCAACCUUCAGCACGUCAGAUCCGUGUCCCACCACCAGAAAAUACAUAGAAGUUGCUUAUAAAUGUAGACCCAAGACGUUUGUGAACAAGAUGGUGUGUGAGGGCGGGGAGCUGGUGGUGCGGUGUGAAAAGGACUCUAGGAUAGCAAUCUACAGUGUCCUGUUUGGAAGGUCCCUGGAGGGAUCCUUUACCUGCCCACAGCCGGAAGGAGUCGCUGAAGAAGAGUGCCAAGCCAGCUAUGCCACAGAGAUGGUGAUGCGAGAGUGCCACGGCCAGAGACAGUGCCAUCUGGAGGCCAAGGCAGAGGUGUUUGGCAGGCCCUGUUCACCACAGUCUAAUAUGUACAUGAAGGCUGUCUAUACGUGUGUGCCAAAGAAGAUAUUGAAGGACAGAAAAUCAGAGGAAGAGAAGAAGAAGAAGGGAAGAACAAACGGAAGAGGAGGAGAGGAGAAAGAAGAUGAAGAAGAAGAGGAGGAGGAGGAGGAGGAGGAGGAGGAAAUGCAAGAAGAAGGAGGGAAGAGGAAAGGUGAAGGAAGACCCGGAGGAGGAGGAGGAGGAGGAGGAGGAGGAGGCCCUGGGGAGACAAGACUAGGAGAGGCGCCCCUGCCGGACCCUGCCUCCCCCCCUUCAGAGGCAGAGCUUAUCAACUGCACGGUGCUGGUGUUGUCUGGCGCGCAGGGCAGAGAGAUCGGUUUCCUGACGGAGUGGAUGAAGGCUGUUGCAUUUGUCAGAGGCAAUUUUGAGAAGUUCCUGCUGUAUCUCUUGCUGGGUCUGUUCGUGGGUCUUGUGCUGUUCCUGUUCGUGGUGGUGGGACAGCUGCUGUGGGAGAGGAGGAGGGCCAAGAGGGAGGCUAAAACUCUACAUGAUCCUCUUACUUCAGUUUUUGCUGCAGAUAUUGAAGACAUUGAUGGUGAUUUGGACCUGGAUGGCACAGGGGGGAGUGUGGGUGGGCUGGGGGGCGGUGGCUCUCUCCCCCGCUCCCCCUCCCCCCACGACAGCCACAGGGGGCCCCGGGAAGUGGUCCGCUACAACGCUUACUCCACCUACGGGAGGCGCAGAGAUGGAGCGGAGGAGAGCGAUGGAAAUCCACUUAGUUUGACGAGAACCAAUAACAAUCAGCUGUUUUAUAGUUAGUGCUGAGAGAGAGAGAGAGAGAGAGAGAGAGAGAGAGAGAGAGAGGGAGAGGGAGAGGUUUGACAGGAAAAGUUGAGGAUUAAAAGAUGUUUACAGAGAGAGAGAGAGAGAGAGAGAGAGAGAGAGAGACACCACUCCACCAUAUUAAGUGAAAAAUGAAAAAAAAUAAAGAAAAAAAACAAAUAAAUCUAACCAGGACUAAGAAAAUGAAAAACAAAAGAGUGAAAAAUAAGAAAAUAAAGAAAGUGAGAGAGAAACGUACACACACACACACACACACUUCCAUGUACGUGUAAUCCUGUGUGCGUAUUGCAGCUCGUGUGUGCGUACAGGACCAAAGACAAACAAACGUACACACACACACAGGACUUUCUCUAAACAAAAAGAAAUAGAAAAAAAAACAGCCAGGUGUGUGUGUGUAUGUAUGUAUGUGUGUGUACGUAUGUAUGUAUGUAUGAGAGUGCGUGUGUGUGUGUGUUAACAAAAAGCUUCUGUAAAUAUGUAUGUACUGCCACUGUGUGUGUGUGUGUGUGUGUGUGUGUGUGUGUGUGUGUGUGUGUGUGUGUGUGUGUGUGUGUGUGUGUGUGUACAUGACCAAUAAAAACACACAUACACAGGAGUAGAAGGAUAUGUACGUCAAAUAUCUUCAUGUGCGUAUUAUAAAGUGUACACGUGUAAACCUCUUCAACUAGCCAAAUAUGUGUGUGUGUGUGUGUGUGUGUGUGUGUGUGUGUGUGUGUGUGUGUGUGUGUGUGUGUGUGUGUGUGUGUUUUAUAUAU